AUGAGAGCCCCACUUAUGAAAAACAUCAUAGUGGAUUUGGAACUCUCAGUCAAUGAGCUGAUAGACCCAAAAACAAGAGAUUGGUGCCCGGAGGCUUUAGAAGAGAACUUCUUCCCAAGAGAGGUGGACCUGAUCAAAAAGUCAAAACCAGUUUUCUCUUCCACUGACUUCAAGUCCUGGAAAGUCAAUAAAAGUGGAGAUUACAGCGUGAGAUCUGGUUACUGGCUAGCUUGUCAGUCUGAAAGGGAAGAGGUAAUCUCCCUGGCAACAAUGUUACCGUCAGUAAACGGGAUAAAAGAUCAGGUUUGGAAACUGUUCGCUCCAUCAAAGAUCAAGUUAUUCAUCUGGAAAGCAGCAAACGGUGCUCUAGCAGUUGCAGAAAGAUUAAUCUCCAGAGGAAUGAAGGUAGACACCAGGUGUGCCACUUGUGGGAUGGAAGGUGAAUCCAUCAAUCAUUUGCUUUCUGAUUGCUCCUUUGCGAGACAGGUUUGGGCGGUUGCAGGAGUUCCCCUACCUGAAUCUGUGUUUGAUAAUUCCUCAAUAUAUCAGAAUCUCCACUUUGUUUUAUCCUUGGGGAAGGUUACAUCGGUCUCUAUUCAAAUCAGAAGAACCAUCCCGUGGAUAUUGUGGUCACUGUGGAAAAAUAGGAAUAAUUUGGUCUUUGAAGGUCAAGUCUUUCUUAUUCUGGAUAUGGUGAGUAAGAUCAGAAAUGAUACAGAGGAAUGGUUUCAAGCACAAGAGAUUGAACAGAAAGAAGAAAGCUCAGUUGAACAGAGGAAUGAAGGACAGAACCAGAAAUGGAGACCAUCAAGCAAGCCGUGGUUAAAAUGCAAUGUUGCAUCCUCCUGGGAUAAAGAUAAAGCCAACUGUGGGGCGUCUUGGGUCCUUAGAAAUUCCUUAGGUUCGGUUCUACUUCAUAGCAGAAUGUCUCUGGUGAAUAUAGGUUCUAAGGAGGAUUCGAUGCUGCAAACUAGUCUUUGGGCAAUGAAGAGCAUGAAAAGCUUACAUAUACCUAGAGUGGUUUUUGCGUUAGAGGCUUCGGAGUUGGUGGGUGCUAUUAACAGGCCCUCAGCUUGGCCUAAUUUCAAACUUCAGUCGGAAGAACUCUUGCUAGCCUUGUCUCACAUCCCGGAUUGGAGGGCAGUAGUUGAGCAUAGGAAAGGUAAUCUUGGAGCCUUCCUGAUAGCUAAGAGUGUUACAAGGGAUGAACGUCCACAAUCAUAUGUAGCCUAG